AAACACGUUAUGCAACCUUUAACGUUCACUGAAUUGCAUUUCCUUUGAGAGCCGAUAAUAUGAGGUGAUAUUUACCCUAUAUCAAGCUGUGACAGCUUGAGCUUUUUCACUUUUAACCUGUCAUGUAACAUUACAUACUACUCAAAGUAAUGCCGUCUCGUGCCUCGCGGUGUCAUUUUGUUGGACAUAUCCGAGUAUAGCAAUGUGCGCGAACUAGGUCUCGCGUAAUCACUGGCGGAACUAAUUUUGGUUCCCACGUUUCAGGCCGGCCCCGUUAUGUCGCUCACAGGAAGCGCGCAACACGGAAGUUGUAUUUUCUUUGUGUUUCUCCCUUUAGCGUCGUUUAACAUAAAGAAAGUAACGCAAUAUAUUAGUUAUGCGCGAAGUUGUGCUAUUUUAUUGACCGCGCGUCAUUACUAAGCAGAAGAGCCGGAUAUACGUGUCUUUAUUUGCCUGCUUUUGGUGAUGGGCGAUUUGAAUAUUUUGCAGGGAGUUUGUUAACCCCGGUCAGAAAGCUAACGCGUUAGCCGCGUCCAGGCAUUACUGUAAGCUGAGCAGAACGACGCAGCUGCAGGAUCAGACAAAUUUUAACAAACACACCAAACCAUUGCUAACCAUCAGCGUUAACCAAAACGGAGAGAAUGCACCGAACACGUGAACCCACCUCAUGAUCUCUGCAAUAGAGAUCUUCUACAGGAGUAGGAAUGGACGAGCAGAAAUCAAACUGCGAAGAAAAUGAUUCAGAAACUGCAGCUGAUGAUGGGACCCCUCCAAAGGAGAGCGUCCAGGUAGAGGGGGAACUGACUGCACCUGUUGCUACAGAGGAUAUCUCGGGCACUGUGGACACGUCCAGCUUAUCAGCGGAGACUGUCAGGGCCUGUGCUCUGUGUAACUGUGUGGAGCGUAGUCUGCAUGGGCAACGGGAGCUUCGUUGUUUUGGAGCCUCUUCCGAUCGACCCAGCUUGGAGCCCCCUGUCUCCUCUCUGCCAGCAGCUGGAAAUGAUGACUUGUCUUCCAUUGGAUUCCCGGAAUCCACCUGUCCGGCAUCUCUCUUUGUUGACACAGGGAGCUGCUGGGUUCACCACUGGUGUGCCGUGUGGUCGGAAGGAGUGGAACAGACUGAGGGUGAGGUGCUGAUAAAUGUGGAUAAGGCAGUCAUCUCAGGGAUACAGCGGCCAUGUGAUUAUUGUAAACGGAUGGGAGCUACCAUCCGGUGCCGGGCCGAAGGCUGCUCACGGUUCUACCACUUCCCCUGCUCAGCUGCAAGUGGAUCUUUCCAGUCCAUGAAGCAGCUAGCUCUCCUCUGUCCAGAGCACAUAGACAAGGCUGAAGAAAUCGCCGGUGAGGAGGCACGGUGUGCAGUGUGUGACUCUGCUGGAGAUCUGUCAGGUCUGCUGUACUGUACAGGUUGUGGGCAGCAUUAUCAUGAUGCCUGUCUGGAGAUCAGUGCCACACCACUUCAGCGUUCUGGGUGGCAGUGUCCUGAAUGCAAGGUGUGCCAGACCUGCAGGCAACCAGGGGAGGAUACAAAGAUGCUGGUUUGUGAUGCUUGUGACAAGGGCUACCACACUUUCUGUCUACUGCCAGCUAUGGACUCUGUGCCUCCUGAUUCAUGGAAGUGCAAACGGUGCCGGGUGUGUAUCGACUGUGGCGUGCGAGGACUGAAGCUUCCUGGAUCCGAACAGUGGUUUGAAAGCUACACGCUAUGCGAAGGCUGUCAGCGCAGGCGCACUUCUGUCUGCGGCGUCUGCAGUAAAGCCACGGAGCCCUGCGUACCCCUGCAACAUCGCUGUGCCAUCUGCCACAGAUGGGUGCACAGCGAUUGUGCUUCUCUGUCAGGGCCUCCCGAGGAGAAGUGCAUCUGUGUGUUGUGCAAAGAUGCCACAGAUGAGGUCCCAGUGGAGUCUGUGUCAUCCACACAAGUGGAUGAGAAAGCUGUGGACGAGGUGCCAAUGGAGUUGGGCACGGUGUCGGAGGUUGUUGGAACGACAAAAGUUCCAGAAAGCAUUACGAAAGAAGCAUUAAUGUCAGAGGCUACAGACGUCUCGGAGUCUGUACACAGUCAGGUCUCUACAGAACAGCCGAACCCUAUAGCUACUAUUGCAGAUGUUGAUGAAAAACAAAAAGAGGAGGCCAGCAAUGCAGCUGUGGUUCCAGAGGGCAUUGAGGAAAUAUCGAUGGGCACUCAGGAGUCUCCUGUGAAGGACAGUCCAGACAGCCCUGUCCCUGACACUAUAAAGGAAGACCAUCUCGAUGUGUCUGAGACCUGUACAGAAAGCAAGGACAUUUCACAAGGAGAAGAAAAACAUCCUAAAACUGAGACUGAUGUGAACAGCACGGAGGUCCCAGACACAAAGCCUCCGACAAACUCGUCUUCUCAAAUCACACUCCCUGUUUCUGAAGAGGUAGAGCCUGUUGCUAUGGACAUGGAGGAGGUGGGAUCCGAGGCAGGAAAAGAGGAGUCGAUAGACAGGCCGCUUCGCCGUCCUCCUCAAACUGAAAUGCCCACUGAUACAGACGAUAGAAUGGGCGAGUCUGAUUAUGAUGAGGACGAGGAUGAGCAGGGGAUUGAGGAAUCUUUAGAAGAAUCUCUCAAUAAAGAUGGUAGUCAGGAAGAAGAUGUUCAGUGCAGAAAUGAGAUGGAUAUGAAACCAGAGCUGGUCCUUGAUGAGACAUCAAACAACAGCCAGGGUGAUGGGAGUAGCAGUGGUUUCCUUGGCUCGCCAGCUGAGGCCGAUUCUCAGAUGAUGUCCAUGGAGCUCAUGAUGCCGACCGGUAGAACCCGUUCUGACUCGCUGCUCACUGAGACAGAGGACUCGUUGCCUUUUGACCCACUAAAGCCCGAUGGGGAAAAAGUGAAGCGAAGAGGUUCUCCAGGACGCUCUCGUGUAAAACAGGGCAGAGGCAGUGGUUUCCCAGGGAAACGGCGGCCACGUGGUGGCGGUGCUGGUGUUGGAAGAGGCCGUGGGCGGUCACGUCUAAAAGCGAUGGCCUCUUGCAUAGAUGCAUUUUUAUUAAGCAUGACCACAGACACUGCACAUAACAAAGAGGAAGAUGAUGAGGAAGAUGACACCAUGCAAAAUACUGUGGUACUUUUCUCCAACACUGAUAAGUUUGUCCUGCAGCAGGACAUGUGUGUGGUUUGUGGUAGUUUUGGACAAGGUGUUGAGGGCCAGCUGCUCGCCUGUGCUCAGUGUGCUCAAUGUUAUCAUCCAUACUGUGUUAACAGCAAGAUUACCAAGAUGAUGUUGAGGAAAGGCUGGCGUUGUCUCGAGUGUAUCGUGUGUGAGGUGUGUGGGAAGGCCUCCGAUCCUUCCCGUUUGCUGCUUUGUGAUGACUGUGACGUCAGUUAUCACACUUACUGUUUGGACCCACCUUUACAGACUGUGCCCAAGGGUGGCUGGAAGUGCAAAUGGUGUGUGUGUUGUAUGCAGUGUGGUGCUAGUUCUCCAGGUUUCCAUUGUGAGUGGCAAAAUAACUACAAUCACUGCGGCCCUUGCGCAAGCCUGGUAACGUGUCCUGUGUGUCGGGAGAACUUCAUGGAGGAGGAUCUACUUCUGCAGUGUCAGCACUGUGACAGAUGGGUUCAUGCUGUAUGUGAGAGUCUCUACACUGAGGAUGAGGUCGAACAAGCGUCUGAUGAAGGUUUUGCCUGUACGGCAUGCACACCCUACGUACCCAGGCCAGUCGUGGAGUCUCCGAUGAUGUCAGCCUUUAAAAUGAAAGAACAAGAGCCACAGUUUUAUCGUCUAGAGGGUGUCUGGCUCACAGAGACAGGCAUGUCUUUAUUGCGAAGCAUCUCCAUGUCACCCUUGCACAAACGCAGGCAGCGCCGGUCAAGACUUGGCACGCUGUGUAUUGAUGAGCUGAAAGAAGGCGAGGCUGAUGGUGAUGAUGGAAAAGGGGGUGCAGAAUCAAUGGACUGUGAGAACAAACUGGAGGCCCUUGGGAGCCCAGACAGAGAUGGAGGAAUGGACCGAGAGAUAGGUGCAGAUGGAGGGGUAGAGGGCAUGUGUGACGGCGACGCUCUCAAAGGUGGUACGGAGGAAACUGAUGACGGGAAGAAAAGGAAGCGUAAACCAUAUAGGCCAGGGAUUGGCGGAUUCAUGGUCAGACAAAGAAAAUGUCACACACGAAUGAGGAGGAGUCUUUCUGCCUCUGGUGAUGCGGUUCCUGAUGGUCAAGCAGCUGAAGGAAAACUUGAGGAAGGCCCUCAUCCUGACAUACCUCUAGACGUUCCAGAUGCAAAGACAACAGAGGGAGAAGCCGAGCAAGCCAAGAAACGCAGGGGCAGAAAGAAGAGCAAAUUGGAGGACAUGUUUCCUGCAUACCUCCAAGAGGCUUUCUUUGGCAAGACUUUACUCGAUCAGAGUAAGAGGGCUUUUCUUGCUCCUCCAGUCCAAAGACACACACAGGGCAUUCUGAGGCCUCCGCUACAUGGAGCCAGAAAUCCAGCCUCUGAACCAGUUGAGGCCAUGGUCAGGCCAACUUUUCCUACCAUAGAACUAAAGCAAGAGGGUGGUAUAUCCAAGCCUCUAGGAGAUCAAGCAGGAGUCGUACCAGGUGCAAUCAGGCAACUUUCCAACACAGAUCAGAGCUCAGGAGGUGGAUCUGACAAGCAGAAGAAUGAAGAUCUUGCUCAGGGACAAGAAAGUCAGGACUCUGAGCAGUUCUUCAAGAAGGUUCUCGGACCCACUGAGGGGAACUCCAUAAGUGGUGCGCUUCAGGCAAGCAUUAAACAUGAGGGUGAGCCAAACCAAAUUGGUUUGCCCCAAAGAAACCUUUCAGGUUCUUCCCUGUCUGGAGCACUACCUUCGACUGGUAUGAUGGACAGUUUUUCAAGUCUUUCCCAGUCACCAUUUUUUGACAUGCGGGAUCGAAGUGGUCUCUUUAGCCCUGACCAGGAUGAUGAAAGUCCAUGGGCAACACCAUCCACUCCAGCCACCCCUUCCACUCCUCCAACCCCUACCGAACAAGAAAGUGAUGGGCUCUCGUACAAUCAGCGCAGUCUGCAGCGCUGGGAAAAGGAUGAGGAAUUAGGAAAUCUGUCUACCAUCUCUCCUGUUCUCUACGCUAACAUGAACUUCCCUAGUCUCAAGCAGGACUACCCUGACUGGGCAAGUCGGUGCAAACAAAUAAUGAAGAUUUGGAGGAAGGUGUCAGCUGCAGACAAGGUUCCUUAUCUGCAAAAGGCCAAAGAUAAUAGGGCUGCUCAGAGAAUAAACAAGGCACAAAAGCAAGCUGAGAGUCAAGUGUGUCGGCCUAUCAAAACUGAGCCUGGUCGAAUGAAAGGAGAGCGUCCUAAUCUGCACCUUCAAAUUCCGCCACCCUCAGGCUCUGUAUCCACUUCCUCCCAGCCAAGCUCUGCUGAGAGUCCAUAUCCCGGAGCCCCAGACUCUGCAUCUUCAGCCUUCUUUUCUGAUGGACCCCUCAAAACUCCUUGCUCAGCCGAGGAUCCGUUUUCUAGACUUCCCUCUCAGUCUCCGCACCUUCAAUCACAGCCAUCCACUCCAUACUCGCAUCCUUCUUCCAGCCCCUUGCAGGCCUCCUCCUCAGGUUAUCCUUUGCCCGGCCCACAGGGUGCUACUCAGGGACGAUCAGCCAGUUUUGGCUCCCUUGACAUGCAGCCAGGGACACCUCGUAGGGCACAGCAGGUUGACCCAUUCUUUAGACCACAACACCAGAUCCCAAAACCACAGCAGUCCUCUCAGGAGGUCUUACAUCCACCUGAGAGUCCUCGGGUUAGGACAGUUGCUUCUGUAGACUCUCCGUUGUUCUCACCACCCCAUACAGCUCAUUGUGGUGAUCCUUACCGUGGCCAGCAUGGAGUUAUCCGACAAGAGCAUGCUUCAUCUCCAUCACCCUCUGCUAUGGCUUCUUCACCAGCUGGGGUGGGCCCAAACAGGGAACUUAGUGCCCCAUCUCCACGUUCUUUUUACAGACAAGACCUAAGCGCUGGUUCUCCUGCUAGUUUGGACUCUGGAGAUGGGUUAUUUAAAGCCCCCAUGACGCCUCGCAUGCAUCAGGGGGAUGCAGGCAGCUUGUCUGUUUCCCACCCCCCAGGUGCUUCUCCAAAUCAUCUGCCUGAAAGCUACCGCCAAUCGCCAUCCUCAUUCUCUGAUCCUUACGCCCAGCAUCCCCUCACACCAAGACCUCAAUCAGGUGACUGCUCAUCUCCUCUGCCCCAGAGGCUUACUGCGUCUCAACAAGAAACGCAUACAAGGAUGCCUUCAAGUCCUCAGUCACAAGGCAGUUCGCAGUCACCCCUCACACCAGGAGCCAUUUCCAAUGAUGUGCUUUCUUUGCAGUCCCCAGUCACACAGCAUUUCCAGUCUCCAGACCCUUACUCUCGCCCGCCUUCACGACCUCAGUCCAGAGAUCCCUAUGCCUCAAUGCAUAAUCCCUGUCGCCCAACAUCCGUUACACCAGAAGGUAACCCUCAUUUCAGAGGCUCGCCCCAUCCUAGCCAACAACCUCCCUGCUCGCCAUCAGUAGCAGAUCCACUCUCUGGAAAACCACCUGCUUUCAGCUGCAGUCCUAGUGUAGGGCUUCAGAUGGGCCAGCAGCAGAUGAAUACUCCUCAGCAAGCUCAGGUUCACCUCCAGCAGUCACAACCCCAGACUCAACCAGCGGGUGCUGAUUUAAACUCAAGAAUAGCACUUUCGUCUGGAAACCAAGAUCCAAGCUCUGUGCAGUCAUCAGAUGCUACACAUUUACCCACGAUGCCAGGGACACAGGAUUUGUCUGAGUUGUCAGCUGGUCAGGAUCCAGCUCUCAUGAGUCUUAGUCCAUCCGAUUUAGAAAAGCUCAGACAGAGACAGCGUUUAAGAGAAUUUCUGAUACGACAAAAAGUUCAGAGGAAUUUACUUCGCCAAGAGAAAGAAGCACCUGUCGCGGGUAGUCCUGCCCCAAACUGGCAAGCAGGAGAAAUGCCAGGGUUUCAGCAAGACAAAACCCAGCGUGCACCCCCUCCUUACCCUCAGGACAGAUCUGCGGUUGCUCAGGCACCCAUUGCCAACAGGAUGCCCCUGCCAGUGGGAGCUUUAGAUGAAAAGCAUUGCCGCCCACUUCCUCCUGGGACACCAGCAUCUGUAGAUCCCAAUGCAUUAAGGCAAGCUGCACCCAAUAUUUCUCAGGGGAUGUAUCCUCGUCCACCAUUUCCUGCACAGUGGCAAAGCCAGGGUGCUCCUCGCAGAUAUCCGCAACCAUCUAUGAUUGAAGGUGUUCCCAGGCAGCACAUUAAUAAUCCCAUCAACAAUCCUCUCAACAUACAGUCCAUGCAGAAUUUGCCCAAUCCUUUGGCAGGGGUACGAUGCUCUGGAGCAGAAGCUGUACAAAGCUGCGUGUCAGGAGCUCCGCCUCAGUUUAUAGAGUUGAGACAUAAUUCACAGCGGAUGCCACUGGGUCCUCAGUUUAUGCAGAGGGCACCUGUACAUAGACCUCGUAUGUUUCUUCCACAACAGGACAUGAAUGCUGCUUUUGUUCAGCAGACCAUAACACCAUCUCUUGGUAGUUCGGCAGCACUUCAGCGUGAUCCCCGACUUGUCUUACAGCAGGGCAGCAUGGGCCUUUUGAUGCAACAACAACAAAGCAAUGCUCCCCAACCUCAAACCCAACUGCACCCACAACAGGUGCCGACUGCUACACCCAAAACGCCCAUUUCUCACAAUGCAUCUCAACAGCUUCCUCAAACAAGUACAAUCGGAGGUCAACAGACCAUUGUCAAUCCGGUUCACAUACCCGAAUCUGACUUGGCAGAUGCGUUUGCUCCCAAAGUACUGGGUGAUACAGUGGCAGAAACCGGAGUAGAAGAUGAUGAUCUCGCUACUCUCGACCUGGAUCCAGAUAAAGGGGAUGAUGAUUUGGGAAACCUUGACAAUCUUGAGACCAAUGAUCCUCAUUUGGACGAUCUGCUCAACAGUGAUGAAUUUGAUUUGCUCGCUUACACUGACCCUGAACUUGAUCAGGGUGAUCCCAAAGAUGUUUUCUCUGACCAGUUGCGGCUUGUUGAAGCAGAGGGCGAAGGGUCAGGGUCUUCUGCUAAUGUAGAAGUCAAGAUUGAAGAGAAACCAAAAGCUGGUUUAACUUGCCAGGACACUCACACUGCCACUCAACCACCUUUAAAGACUGAGAGUUCUUCUUCUUGCAGUAUUUUAAGCUCUACUAAGGAUUCUGAUGCCAUUAGACUGUCAUCUGUAAAACUGGAAGACAAGGGUUUGGUUGAACAACCCCGGUCAGGACAAACCUCUGUUAAAGAUGACAUAGGGGAUGCUGUCUCUGCUUUGCUCAACGAAACAAAGGCUUCUAAUCAGGAGACUACAACUGCUUCACUGAGCACUGUCCGUUUAGGUGGCAUGCCUUUUCCUCUUCCCGGCCAAGCAGAUACAAUGUCUUUCCCAUCAGCUGCACCACAUCCAGACCUGGGUGCUAACCCACUUGGAUUGGCAGAUGCUGGCCACCACUCCACAGUGGAUGAUUUGGACAAAGUCGAAAGCUCACUGGAGGCAAGUGAACUACCUUUGUUAAUACAAGAUCUUUUGGAACAUGAAAAGAAGGAACUUCAGAAACAGCAACAACACUUAAGUGCACUACACGGAGGGAUCGGUAGUCAGCUUCACAACAUUCAGAAUCCGCAACAGCCGUCUCAGGGGCCGAAUCAAAUUAUGAUGCCACAGCACCACCAUCCAUCCCAGGGCCUUGUGCCUCAAACGGGUAUGGUGCCCAGACCACCUCAUAUGUUAUCACAACAGCAGCAGAGGUUAAUUGGUCCCACUGUACCUUCGGCACCUCAUGCUGCAAUGGGACCACAGCAGCAAGGCAUGAUAAGAAGUGGACAGCCUGGCAGAAUUCAUCCUGUUCUUGCAUCUCAGCAGCAGACACCACCAUCUCCACAUGUUAAACAUCAGAAUUUGGGCAGCAACUUUUUCCCAGAUAAAGAUCUGGAUAAAUACAUGACAGAUGACAUAAUGGAUCCUAUUGCUAAAGCAAAAAUGGUGGCUCUAAAAGGGAUAAAAAGGGUGCUUGCUCAAGAUCCUAUGGGUGUACCUCCUGGGAUGAAUAGGCAACAAGUAUCUCUUUUGGCCCAGAGACUAACCUCAGCCCCAGGAAGUGAGGAUCCUCAGGCUCAGCUUGCCCCUGGGUCUUCUAAGGAGGGAGAAGGUAGCAACCAGGUUCCACCAAGACCAAAUCCUCCACAAUUUGGCAUCAUCAAUGACGCUGAACAGCACCAAUAUGAAGAAUGGCUCGUGCACACUCAGCAGUUGCUACAAAUGCAGCUGAAAUUCUUAGAGGAGCAGAUUGGGGCUCAUCGUAAAUCCCGCAAAGCUCUUUGUGCCAAGCAGCGUACUGCAAAGAAGGCUGGUCGUGAAUUUGCUGAAGCAGAUGCUGAAAAGCUCAAGCUGGUCACAGAGGAACAAAGCAGGAUCCAGAAACAAUUGGACCAGGUUCGUAAGCAGCAGAAGGAACACACCAAUCUCAUUGCGGAGUAUCGAAGUAAACAACAGCAGCAUCAGCAGGGGUCUUCCAUGCUAGCUCCUGGGCCUUCAAUACAGACACCCCAUAUGAUUUCCAAGAUGCCUGGACAAGUUAUUAUGGGCCAACAGGGAGGACCAAUUAUCGGUCAGACACCUGGAGGGAUGCCUCAGGGAGCGUUGCCUCAGGGAGCGUUGCCUCAGGGAGCGUUGCCUCAGGGAGCGUUGCCUCAGGGAGCGUUGCCUCAGGGAGCGUUGCCUCAGGGUGCGUUGCCUCAGGGAGCGUUGCCUCAGGGAGCGUUGCCUCAGGGAGCGCUGCCUCAGCGAGCGAUGCCUCAGGGAGGUGUACCUCAAGGAGGGUUGCCAAUUAGGAUGCCACAGAUGCAACCCUUUAGUGGAGGCCAGCCUCCUAUUCCACUCGGCAAUGUGCAACCGGUCCCACCUCCUGGUUUUUUCCCACAAGGCCCCGGAGCACAAGGAGCAGACCCAAGAGUUCUACAAGAGCGCCAGUUACAGCAAAGGAUGCAAAUGGUUCAAAAAUUGCAGCAACAACAGCAGCAGCAGUUAAUGAUAGGACAGCAGCAUCAAACUCAGCAACCUGGUAUAAUGAACCAACAGCCUGUAGCCAUGGCUAACCAACCAGCACAAGUUUUGAUGGGGAAUACACUGAUGGGCCAGCAACCAAAUUUACAGGGAUUAAUGAAUAACCAACAAGGUCAACAAGGUUUAAUGCAGGCUCCUCCAGGUAUGAUGGGCAACCAGGCUGUUGGACAGGCUCAACAUAAUAUCAUGAACCAAUCAAUGGCUCCGGCUUUAAAUAUGAUGGUAGGCCAACCGCAAGGCAUGGUGGGUAAUCAGCAGAUCGUUCAGCAGCUUCAGAGACCUCAGGGUUUGAUAGAUCAGCACGGGCCAAGCGGACAGCAUGUUGUUAGAGGGCCACCGACCCCGGUCACGCCUCAACAACAGAGUAUAAUGGCUCAGCGUAUGCUUUUGUCACAGCAACAACAGAAUGCUGCAAAAAACCUAGCACAACUUCAACAGCAGCAAAUGGCACAACAAAAACAACCAUCACAGGCUGGUCCGUCAGAUCCACAGAGACCUUUAGAAACUCCACCGUCAGGAAACACCCAAGGAGUUGCUGAGAAUUUGCAACAAGGAGUUCAAGGUCUGACCCAAGAUCUUCUGAAUCAUGUACAUAAAGAUGGAGAAAUACUUAGUCCAAAAACACCUCCCCAACAAGGUGGACCGCCUAUGCCACUUCAGAUGCCACAACAAGGGCCCAGUGGAGAACAGCAGUGUGUUGCUGGACAGACACAGCAAACACAUGCCUUUCUUGCCCAGCAGGCUAGUUCACACAUUCAAGUACAACAACAACAGAUGCUUCUUCAAACAGAGAACACCAUACAGGUAAAACAGGAAGAGCAACAAAUGUGUUUUACGGCCCAGCAGCAAUGUGGUCAAAUUGUCACGCAACAACCACCGGAUGUGCUUGGCCAGAAUAGCGGUCAGCCUCACACUACAAUGACAGGCAUUGCAAAUCAACAACAGCAAGCCAUGUUGACCCAACAGAUGGGAAUGCCUAGGGGUCCGCAGGUGAUGAUGAUUCAGAGGCCUGGUGCCCCUUUGGGGCAAAUACGUACCUCUAUUAACAUUCAAGCUUUCAUCGCACAGAACCCUCAACUGCGUCACUUGACCCCAAACCAACAGUUUCAGCACAUUCAGGCAAUAAUUGCUCAGCGACAUCUUCAGCCAGGCCAGAUGCUAAGAAUGCAAGGUCAAGCCCAGGGUCAAAUGCGCCCACAGGGGGCACCGGUUGGUCCACGAAUUCCAGGUCUUGAAGCGCAACACCACUUUACAUUGUCUGGCGCUCCACAGCGACAACACUGUCCUCCUGGCACUCCCCAGCAACCUGGAGCAAUGGCCCACCCAUCUGGAAUGGCUCCACAGUAUCAUCAAGGUGUUGUGGGGACUCUGCAACAGAAUCCUCAAGGGUCCUCACCACAGUACAUCACUAAUGCUCAACAACAACAAAUGCUACAACAGCAACAUCAGCACCAGAUGAUGAGAGGUCAAGUGCCCAGGCAAGUAAUGGGGCAGGUUCGUACCACAGCACCCGGACAAAUGGCAAGGCCCAUGUCCCCUCGACAGUUAAUGGGUCAGGGUUCUCCUGGAAGUCCGCUCUCCAAUCAGCAGAGGAUCAUGAGAGUGUCUCAAACUCCACCGGGCGCCCAGCAUCUUCAGCAACAACCUCAUCAUGUGGCCACAGCAAUGAGCCCCUUUCAUGCAUCUCCCUCUCACACAGGUUCUCCUGCUGGAUCAUCUGCUCCAGAAGCUGGUUCCAGCCCAGCCUCUCUAAAUAAACCUGAGCCAGGCUCCGUUUCUCUAUCCAGUCACUUGUCAUCGCCUUCUAGACAAGAUAGCGUUUCGGGGAAAAACAGCCCAUUUCGCCACACAGGUGGAACAACAUCUUCACCUCUGAGAUCUCCGAUGGGCAAGGCUCACUGCCCCAAUAAUGAAGCACUUACAAGUUCUUUUCCACUCAAUGGUCCAUCUCCUCAGUUGACCCACAGCCUACCACAGUCAUCAAGUGGCACCCAGGCAUCUGAGGGUCAUGUGUCUCAUCCAACACCAGUUCCCGGAGAGGUUUGCAAGAUGACGCUGCAGAAUAUCAAACAGGAGCCACGUGAAUUCCAGUGUGACACGGGAAGUAGCAUUGAAGCCCAUUCUGAUGCUAUUAAGAGAGAAAUCGCUGGGGAGGCGGUCAGCAUGAGCAGUGCCACAUCUGUUGCCAACUCUGUUCCGAGGAAUCAAGCGGGAGAUCUUGGAUCCCAAAUCCAAAGAACAGAGACAGGCCAACAGUUACUGCAGAAACUACUCCGAACCAAGAGCCUGCAACUGGCAUCUCAGAGGCCCGCAGAUGGUAUCCAUAAUGAGAUUAAUGGGCACAUCAAUAGCAAGCUGGCAAUGCUGGAGCAGAAACUUCAAGGAACGCCACGCAAUAUGGAGGAUCUACAGUCGCUGACAAAGAGAGCUCCAAUAGUUAAGGCAAAGCGUACUACAAAAGCUGGAGAGCGUGGACCAAACUCUCGUAAGAAAGCUAAAAAAGACGAGCCUGGAAAAACAGAGGCAAUAAUGAAGCAGUUGAAGCAGGGACUUUCUCUUCUUCCUUUGAUGGAGCCCUCCAUUACUGCUAGUUUGGAUUUGUUCGCUCCUUUCGGUAGCAGUCCACCCAAUGCCAAGACUCAGUUGAAGGGCUCUUUUGGAAAUGCAAUGCUGGACAAUAUUCCGGACUACUAUUCCCAGCUCCUUACAAAGAACAACCUCAGCAAUCCUCCAACACCACCUUCAUCUCUUCCCCCUACUCCGCCACCUUCCGUGCAGCACAAGCAUCUGAACGGGGUGACCCCUGUAGAGGAACUAGCAGAAAGUCAGAAAGAGACCGAGGCGUCAGAUGAGACCAUGGGUUCUGUUUCAGAGGAGGUCAAGAGUGUAGAUAUACUUGCUGCUCUCCCCACUCCACCUCACAACCAGAACGAAGACAUUCGCAUGGAGAGUGAUGAUGAUAGUGAAGCUCCAGAUAGCAUUGUGCCUGCGUCCUCACCUGAAAGCCAACAAGGUGAUGAGACAACUCGCUUUCCACAUUUAUUGGAUCCGAAGGAAGAAGAGGAUGAGAGGGCCAUCUCUCCUGUCAUUGCCAUUAUUCCCAGUUCUGCCAUCCCCAGUUUCCCUGAGACAAAGCCAUUUGAGUCAGUGGAUGGAAAGAUUGCACCAUCAUCUAGCCAGUGGGACAAAACCAAAAGCAAUGAAGUGUCUGUUACAUUCAUGCUUUCGUCAGGUGCAGCAAAGAAUCUCAACACGGUGAUGUUGACCGUCGCCCAACUGUUGCAUAUACGUAUGCCAAGUUCAUAUGAGGUGGCCUUUCCCCAGAGUCCUGGUAGAGCAGGUGAUGCGCCUGGGAAAGUACAAGACUCUUCCAGCCCAGAUAUGAAAACAGACUCUUCAGCAAGCCGUGAUGCAGAAUGGCUUAGGCAGUUUGAUGUGUCCCUCCCAGGGUGUACCCUGAGAAAACAGGUGGACAUUAUGGCUCUUAUCAAACAGGAAUGCCAAGAUCAAGAAGAUAGACCUGCACAGCACUGUUACAUGACAAAUGUUUCAGAUCUCGAUGUGCGACAUCUGCCUGUUAUUCCUGUGGAGGCGUCUCCUCCUCCGUCACCAUCUCCACCUCCGCGUCCAUCGUGUGCUGUAACCGAGCCAUUAAACAUCCCUCAGCCCGAGUCCAAACCUGAACCAGAGGUUAAUGUUCAGACCACAUCAUCCUCGUCCUCAAGCCCAGGUGGCCCUGCCAAGACUGAACCUGAUGAUACUAUUGUGAAAACAGAAUCUCAUAGCACCCCUGUUACGAUGGCAUCUGAAUCUCUAGAACCGGUUGUCCUCCCCCCAGCUGCUCCAUCUGAAGAACAACCCUCUGUUCCAGCUGGCUCUCCAUCUCUGGACUCCCCCACAAUAGAGAUCAAACCCAUCAAGCACCGCAGCAGGCCCCUUUCUGAUGAAGAAGAGGAACGCCCCAAAGUAAAAAAAUGGAAGGGCUUGAGGUGGAAGCGCCUUCAAAUAGUCAUCACCAUUCGCAAAGGUGGGUCCAAGAAAGAGAACAGCCGUGAGGUUUCAGAGCUUAUGGAGCGCCUUCGCAUUACGCUGAAACCAGACAAGCUCCCCCGAGACAAGCGCAAGUGCUGUUUCUGCCACGAAGAAGGAGACGGCCCCACAGAUGGUCCUGCACGUCUCCUCAACAUCGACGUCGAUCUGUGGGUGCAUCUCAACUGUGCGCUGUGGUCAACGGAGGUGUAUGAGACUCAAGGCGGUGCGCUGAUUAAUGUGGAGGUUGCUCUUCGACGAGGUCUGCGCACUCGCUGUGCGUAUUGUCAGAAGACUGGGGCUACCAACAGCUGCAACCGUUUGCGCUGCCCGAACGUCUAUCAUUUCGCCUGUGCUAUCCGGGCACGUUGCAUGUUCUUCAAAGACAAGACUAUGCUCUGCACCCAGCACAAGCUUAAAGGCCCCAGCGAAGAGGAGCUCAUCAGUUUUGCCGUGUUCCGACGGGUCUACAUUGAGCGGGAUGAGGUGAAGCAGAUUGCCAGCAUCCUUCAACGCGGCGACCGCAUUCACAUGUUCCGCGUGGGCGGGCUCAUCUUCCACGCAGUGGGUCAGCUUUUGCCAUCUCAGAUGUGUAUCUUUCAUUCACCCACCGCUAUCUUUCCUGUGGGCUACGAGGCCACGAGAAUUUACUGGAGCACUCGCGUGCCAAACCGAAGAUGUCGCUACCGUUGUCGCAUUAACGAGCAGGAUGGCAGACCCCUGUUUGAAGUGCGUGUGCUUGAGCAUGGAUACGAAGACCUGCACUUCCGAGACGAGACUGCAGAUGGUAUCUGGUCCAAGAUUGUGCUACAGGUUGCCAAACUGCGAGAUGAAGCAGCCAUGUUGAAGCUCUUCACUGAGCAUGUCAAGGGUGAAGAGAUGUAUGGCCUCACUGUUCAUGCAGUGAUGCGAAUCACUGAAUCGCUUCCUGGUGUGGAAAAUUGUCAGAAUUACACAUUCAGAUACGGACGCCAUCCUCUCAUGGAACUUCCUCUCAUGAUAAAUCCCACGGGGUGUGCACGAUCAGAACCCAAAAUACUCACACACUGCAAAAGGCCUCAUACUCUUAAUAGCACAAGUGUGUCUAAAGCCUAUCAGAGCACAUUUACUGGGGAGAUCAACACGCCCUACAGCAAGCAGUUUGUUCAUUCCAAGUCUUCUCAAUACCGUCGACUGAAGACCGAGUGGAAGAACAACGUGUACCUGGCCCGCUCUCGCAUUCAAGGACUUGGUCUGUACGCAGCUAAAGACCUUGAGAAACACACCAUGGUCAUAGAGUACAUUGGCACCAUCAUUCGCAACGAAGUGGCAAAUCGCAGGGAAAAGAUUUAUGAGGAACAGAACCGUGGGAUCUACAUGUUCCGUACCAAUAAUGAGCAUGUGAUCGAUGCCACCUUAACAGGUGGUCCUGCCCGAUAUGUCAAUCAUUCUUGUGCACCCAACUGUGUUGCGGAAGUUGUGACGUUUGACAAAGAGGACAAAAUCAUCAUCAUUUCUAGCCGCAGGAUCCCAAAGGGUGAAGAGCUGACGUAUGACUAUCAGUUUGACUUCGAAGACGAUCAGCACAAGAUCCCCUGUCAUUGUGGAGCCUGGAAUUGCAGAAAGUGGAUGAACUAACUGGGACGAAGACGGAGCCAGCCCUGCGUUUGUUCCCUGGUGCCAGAACACUCCUGCGCCAAAGCCUGUUAAACUCUUACUAUCCAGAUAAUAAGCUGUUCUGAAAUGAGGAAGAGAAGUUCACUCUGUAUCCCGAAAGACGAGACUUUCACAACAAGAGCCAAAGCUUUGAUGAGUUAACUUCUGAUGCCACAACCUUUACACUCGAAAGGUAUCGGACCUGCUUGAAUCUUUCUUGUUGAGAAACUUCACCUCUGCCAAAAGCACCUCCUCCACUGUUUCCUCCUCCAAUAGGCUGAGUCAGCUGCAAUCAGUCCCUUCUACACCCACCAAAAGAACUGAAACUAUAGCAUAUCGAUAUACUGACUAAAGCCAUGUAAGUACUGAAAAACCAACUAAUACACUUUAGCUUGGACCUAUGCUUUCCGCUUACACAACCCCCCCACCCUCAGAAAGACGCUCUCGCAUCAAAUCGUCAUCGAUGAAGAUUGACAUCAUGGACUUUGGCAAGACAAUCCUGAAGUGGCUCUGCUUAGAACUGUGUAUCUAUGAUUGAUGAGAUAUGAAAUACUAUUGACCUGUGGCUCGCAAGGCACCAGAUGUUUUAUUAUAUUGAGUUGAAAGGUGGGUUUAUUUCACCCAGUCUACCUCAUUGAGUUGGCGGGAAGUCACUGCUUUGUAUUAAACUGUUAAGUGCUACUGUGGAAAGGGGAAGGCGGGAAUGUGUCCGUGGCAAUUGCCUUCUCGGAUAAGCAGGGAAACUUAAGCAGCAGGUUUGCUCCUAUCUAUGUUUUGAUUACAAUAAUGAGCCAAUGCAAAUACUAUUUGAUUAUACAAAUGAGAUACAGUAUAUGACAGUUCCGAUACGAUCGUGCAUUACUUACAAUAAUUGAAACCUAAACGGGUGUCUCCGAUGUCACCUAAUCUGACUGUAGAUAUCAUGUAGCUGUUUCUGUCUCAGCACAUCACGCUUUUCGUGCACUCGCAUCCGGAUCCUCUUGCAUACUCUAUGAUGGAGCAAACUGUGAGUGACACUUUGAGACGAGGCAUAUUUUUGUUGUGCAAGUUAUUCCUGACGCUCCAGGCUCUCUUGGCAAAUAAAGACGCAAGACUGCCACUGCAUUUCCCCAUCUUGAAUUCCUACAUCACGCGUUCAUUAGAUCUCCAUUGGGCUCUCAUCACUCCAACCAGGAAUCUUAGGUGUAAGCCUCUUCCCUUCUGUGAUAGUGGACUGUUGUAAACUUACUGUAGUAAGUCUUUCUCUGCCUGCUGACGGCCGGUGUAUCUUAUCUGUAUCGUGGUUUGAUGGUGGUAGCACAGUCUACGGGCUCGGAAGCUGUGGCGGAGAAAGGCUUAAAAAAGGGCAUUUCUAUUUUCUUUUAUAUAAAGUAAUUUAAAACGGUUAAAAACAGUUGAAUUUCAAAGAAGGGAGUUGAACAAAGUCUCCACAUAGCCCAUGCUACUUUGUUCCUUUCUCCCCUGACUUAUGACCUCACAGUAGAAAUAAAUGCAAAAUGUAUAAACUGUACAUAAUAGGGGACGAAGCUCUUUAUCCAGCCCCUUUUUAAUCAAACUCGAAAUUGUAGAGAAAUAAAAAUCAUGAAAAAGCAACCACUGGAUAUCAUUUUAUCAGAAGAUCUAAAUGUGUAUAUAACUAUAAAUAUAUGUAAAAUGGCAAACUAAGUAAUAUCUUUAUGUAUAUGAACCAGAGUGUUUUUGCAUUUAGGUUUUUUCUAUCUGCGUUUUUCCUACAAGACCAUAUACAGUUGAACUAAAGGUGUGCGAUGUUUCUCGUCUUCACCAAUGAAAUUGGAAUGGUUGUGGUGAAUGAAACAAACAUUUAAGAUGGGAUUCAUGUCGGAAGGUUCUGAUAAUAUUUCUUCUUCGUGGAAAUAGAUACUUUUUGAAAGAAAAGCAGUAAAAUGGUGCAUAGCAUUUGUGUAUUUAUGUAAUAUUGUUCACGUAUAUUUCUUUUAUUUAUGCAACUGCUUGUGAAUUACUGAACCCUGUCCUUGAAUCAGUGACCGUUUAAUUAGUAUAUACAGUAAAUGGAAAAUCUUGAAGCUCCCAAGAUAAACUGGUUUGAUUUGUGUCCUGUUGUUUUUUUCCCUGCCCUCCCCGUAGAAGUGAAUGUUUUAUACAACUUGUGAAAUGGCCUAAUCGUGGGAGAAUGGUAUGGCUUCAUUAAUCGAAUAUAUCUCCAUAAUUACAUGUGAAUUGCACUCGAAAUAGUUUUUAUUUAUCUUUAGAGGUUUUUGUACUGCCGUUUGAUGCAGUUCACUCGCUUUUUAAAUCUAGUCUGUUCAACACAAAGAUCUUAGCCAGAGUAACUCAACCCCCCUUUUGUUUUUCUGAAUUCUCUUAAUUUAAGGUCUUUACAUGUGUUGUAAUUAAUAGGUAUUGAUUUUCAACCUGACCUACUUUUUAAAAAAUAUGCUGCAGCUGUACAGCAGAGCUACUUUUAGGGAAGAUGAAUAAAUGAUCGUUUUUAUUGUAUGUGGCAUGUUUUGUAUGGAUAUAAUUUUGAAUUGUACAUAUUUUUCGACGUCAGAGGUUGCAUCUCUUUAUAUACGGCUGUGUCCUACCCUCCCAGCCCUUCAUUUAUUUCCUUGUCUUUGCUUUAUUUCUUGUAAAGAAAAAUAAAAUGCAUUUUAAAUAUAAA